GGGUCCGGUUCAGGUUCUCUGGGUCUCCCUGCAGUGAUGUCUCCGUGUCUCUGUCUCUGUGUGUUCGGACCAACACGUGGAGAUAAAGCUGCAGUUUAACCUGAGUGCGUCAGCGCGCGCAGACUCCUCUCAUCCCUGCGCGUAAAAACAACACACACACACACACACACACACACACACACACACACACACACACACACACACACACACACACGAGGAGGAGUGUGCGCCGCUCUCUUUAGUUGGACUCAGCAGGAGAAGCAUCCACACCGCCCGGGCUCCUCUCACCUUCACACGUGCGUAAUUAUUCUGCGCCUCGUUCCCGCAUCUGGACCGCAAAGCUCCGCACAGGCACCGACACAGUGAUCAGACCUCCAGUUUUCGGCGCGUGAAGAUGAUUCCUGUGCUGAUCUGUGCUUUGCUUUCACUGAGCGUGGCCGACAGUGACUUGGACACUCUGUAUCCGGAGCUGGAGCACUCCAGGACCAUCUAUGUGACAGAGAACGGCCCUCGACUGUCGGUGUCGGCAGAACAGUUGAAGGUGGUGUCGAGGCGAGGCGGAAACGCUACUUUACCAUGCAAGAUCCAAAGGGACCAAUCACUGGCACCGAAUCGCAAGAUGAGGAUCAAGUGGACCAAGCUGACCUCAGACUACCUGAAAGAGGUGGACGUUUUUGUCGCCAUGGAUUAUCACAAAAGGAGUUACGGCAGUUUCCACGGACGCGUCCACCUCCAAGGCUCCUCCCCGAUGGACGCCUCCCUGGUCAUCACAGAAAUCACCCUGGAGGAUUACGGGAGAUACAAAUGUGAAGUUAUCGACGGGCUAGAAGACGGAACGGUGGUAGUGUCUCUCGACCUGGAAGGCGUCGUCUUCCCCUACUUCCCCCGCCUGGGUCGCUACAACCUGAAUUUCUACGACGGCGAGCGGGCGUGUCGGGACCAGGACGCCAUCGUGGCGUCCUUUGAUCAGCUGUAUGAGGCGUGGCGAGGAAAGCUGGACUGGUGCAACGCCGGAUGGCUGAGCGACGGCACGGUCCAGUAUCCCAUCACCACCCCGAGAGAACCCUGCGGAGGGAAGAACACGGUGCCGGGCGUCCGCAACUAUGGACUGAGAGACAAGGACAAGAACCACUACGACGUGUUCUGCUUCACCUCACACUACAAAGGUCGGUUCUACUACCUGAUCCACCCCUCUAAGUUGACCUACGACGAGGCGGUGAGGGCGUGCCAGAAAGACGGCGCCCAGAUCGCCAAAGUCGGCCAGAUGUACGCCGCCUGGAAGCUGCACGGCUACGACCGCUGCGAUGCCGGCUGGUUGGCCGACGGCAGCGUCCGUUAUCCCAUCUCCCGCCCGCGCCGGCGCUGCAGCCCCACGGAGGCCGCCGUGAGGUUCCACGGCUUCCCCGACAAGAAGCACAAGCUGUACGGAGUGUACUGCUUCAAGGGCCACAACUGAGCUGCAAACAACACACACACACACACACAUCAGCAUGCACACACACACACACACACACACAAACACACACUGGUGAACACACUAGUGGCGGGACAAAGACACACAGGAAGUCUGAACAAACACAUUCAAACUGUGACGCUUUAUUUGUUGGAAACCUUGAGACGAGUCAUGUUGUUGCUUUGUAAUCUGGGACCUGACACUCGACACGAGCGAGCGUUUACACAUAUUUAAGGUUCAUGUAAUUUAAUCAGUGAGGGUGGGUGAGGGUGGGUGAGGGGUGGAGGACAUCACAGCUACACCCAUACACGUCAUACAAACAAGAAACCGUCUGAACCGAGGACAGCUCCCGCGAGGUUCGGUACGGACACUUCAAAUCUCGAUUUUGUUCAAGAACCUGAAGCGACGGCGACGACGCCACGAAACACGCAAAGAAAAAUAAAUCCUGUGAUAACUCGUCAGGUAGGAAACACAAGCCUAGCACAACUAAACCGAUCUUUGCUGUCCACACUAAACAAGGUGCUACGACUGGUACUUUGUACUUCAUCAUACCGUCCAGUAUUUUAUGUUUUUAUACGAAUGUGUUGGACCAAACAUCAUCGAGUCAUCGCCAAAAAAAAUGAACAAGGAACCCAACUGUUAGCAUUGUUUAUGUUUUAUAAGUAUGUAGGAUGUUAUUAUCUAGAAAUGUAUUUCUGUUUUUGAUAUACUGUAGAAAUAUUUACAUUUUCUUUUGUCUUUGGCCAAACUAUCCGAGUCUCUUUGGUUUACAUGAAACGUGACAUGACAGUGGAACAAAAUACAAAAAUCCACAAGUACUAAAUAAGAGAAAAUUACAUUUUUUUUGCACUGAACACGUAGAAGACGCCUACAGGAGGACAAGAGGCAAACAUUAGCUCGCCUUACGCAGCAAUAGAAAAUGCCCGGCUGCAGACGUUUGGCUUCAGAGCAUGACUUCGCUUCUACGAGAUCUGCACACGAUAUCUAUCCCGCGCCUUGAUAAACUGCUAUUUUUGAUACAAAUACUGUAGUUUCUUAAAGUCGAACGAGUUAGCUCCGCCAACCUGUUUGGUUUCCCUACGCAAACCUUUCCAAGUUAUGUGAUGACGUCCAACAAACCGACAUUUAAAGUCGGGCUCAUUGAGCGUGUGUGAAUCAUUACGAUCUGCUUUGACUACAUAUCAAAGAAGGCCGACGCCUUUGGCCUCAUGGACAGAAAGGGAACUUUCGAUUCGACCGCAGGACCCAAACAGCCGACGUACUGACAGUACCGACGAUAGCUGUGAGCUAUUUAGAAACAGACACAUGGACAUCUAAAAUUUGGUCCAAAUUCUGUCUAAAGAGACAAAACCAAGCUGAUGAAACGGAGACUAAAGCGUCGAGACUGAAGCUAAACCGUAAUCUGUGACGACGACUAUGACGAAAACACCUUUUUGUGUUUUUCCAGCCAGCAACAGACGCGUUUCUGUUCAAGUCAUCUUCUGAGCGAAGUCCAAACCUCGUCGCUGUACGUUAGGAAGCUGUUUCAAGCUACGAGAUUUGUGCAAAGGCUGAAACAUUUCCAGCAUCACUUCCAAGUUUUCAAUCGAUGCAUCUUUUCACAGACUUUACUGUAAGACUGUAAGAUGUUACAGACGUUAGAUGAACGAACUCCAAACUCAACAGAAGCUUUAGUCGUUUCUCCUGCAGUCGCUCGAUUUGUGAUUUUUGUUUUUUGGCUGAAGUUGAAACAUCUCGUCACAUCUCGUCACAUCUCGUCACAUCUCCUUUAACCUCCAUGACAACUCGAUGAAACUGAGACUAAAGCUUCGAGACUAAAUUUAGACCAAAAUCUGUGACGUGACAAAAACGCCUUUGACGUAACGUGGUCCGUGCUGAGCUGAGGUUUUCCUGGCAGCGUCCGGCUUCAUAUCUGAGCUCCGAGGCACGGAUCGGACCCGGCGGGCCUGCAGAACCAGACAGAAAUACAAUACAUGCAAAAUACCAAUGAUUCCUGCGUGGAGGCACCGAGGGCUUCUUCCAUGUAAGGGUAUCAGAGUAAACGGUGCACAUUGAUCGAGUGUAAGCUCACCGUGCACGGCACCAGCUGGCACCGGACGCCGGUUUAGGUCAUCCACUCGGGCCUGGUGCUGCGUUAGCUUUGCUUGGCUCCACUUAUCACCGAAGAACUGCUGGACAGACUCAUGAGAACAACUUUCAGCAACGACUCGACUAACGUGGGAAAUAAAAUGUUGAUUUUACAGAACAGCAGCUGUGAAGUUUCUUUUAAUUUGUCUUAUUUUCAGUCGUUGUAAACGUUUCUGCAGUUUGUAAAAGGAAUAGUUUGACACGUCGGGAAGCUUCACAUAAAUACGGAUUAAAGAAACAAUGUUUAACGGGACGAUUGUCCGUUAAAGCGACAGUUAGCAGCAGGUUAGCUCUGAAGCUGACGUGUGGGUUAAACUAACGAGACGUUGAUCAGCGAGCUUUAGAGGUGCUAACUUUGGAUAGGCUAACUGAAGCUAACGUAACGUACGGAGCUUCUCGUCUCACGUCAAACUGUUCCUUCAAAGAUCUGAACAAACUUUAAAUCUUUUAUUUUCUGUAUAAUCCGACCAACGUUUGCUCUUCGUUGAUCUCUGCAGCGUACGAGGAAACUUUAGGGACCCAAAAAUAAAUCAGUACAUAAACCACGAGUCUGCCUCCGUGUCUUCACACAGGGCUCAUGGAGUUCACCUCUUAUCGCAAACACGUCAUGACGACUGAUGAGCGGACGCACAAAGAAAAACAAAAGUUGUGCCGGCCGGAGGCGACAGCUGUUGGUCGGAGGCUGCCAGGUGUAGUUCCUCUGUGAUGGAGUAAUGCUGAAACACCGAGGCCAUUCAUGGUUACAAAUGUGAAAGUUUAUCUUUUUUCACGCAACUACUCAUAUUGUGUAUCAAAACCAAGCGGCAACCUCCGUGGCUGCAGUUCCUCUAACAUCCACUUG